AUGAAAGCGAGAACACGAUUGGCUAUUCUCGAAUGUGAUACGCCUCUUCCGGGCACGGCCGCACAGUAUGGAGGCUAUGGAGGUGUCUUCAAAGCACUAUUGAAUGCAGGAGCGAAGGCAGAAGGACAUACUAGUGCCGAAGACAUUUUGGAUAUUUCAACACAUCAGAUCGAGUCUGAUCUUGACAACUACCCCAGCAUUGCCGAUGUUGAUGCUCUUUUGCUGACUGGGUCUCGCCAUGACGCACACGCAAAUGCUCCUUGGAUAUCAAGACUUGUUGAAUACACAGCGAGUGCUCUGCAGUCGAAACGUGUAAGGGUAAUCGGUGUAUGUUUUGGACAUCAAAUUGUUGCGAGAGCAUUAGGUGUAGAGGUUGGAAGAAACCCGGAUGGUUGGGAAGCCGCAGUGAACAAUGUUCAGCUCUCGAAGAAGGGCCAGGAAUUGUUUCGUGUUGACAAUCUGCGAAUCCACCAGAUGCAUCGCGACAUCGCCUUUGCGUACCCUGAGGGCUUCGAGUCGUUGGGCUCCUCGCCAGUGUGUAGCGUCCAAGGCAUGUAUUCGCCGCGCCACGUCGUUACCGUGCAAGGACAUCCUGAAUUUACAGGUCCUAUAAUGAAGGAGAUUGUUGAGACUCGACACAAGACAGGUAUUUUCGAUGACGAGGCAUAUAAGACACACGCGAAGAAUGUCGAUCUUCCACAUGAUGGUGUUGCUGUAGGUGCAGCGUUCAUUCGGUUUCUACAAGAGUAG